GGGAGAGGAGGAUAGUAUACUGCCUUUACAUCAGACAUGAUAGUAUACAGGGCAGUGGAGAGGAGGAUAGUAUACUGCCUUUACAUCCGACAUGGUCGACUAGUGAGUGGGUCAAUGCCGGACCAGGCCAUCUUUUUCAGUCCAAAUGUGUUCAAUAUAUUGUAUAACAUUCUUCUAUGCGUGUUGUAAAGCUAAAACAUAGUAAAACAUGAAUUUACUUCAGAUUGCCUAUGGGUAAAUUAGUUCUUAUAACCUGAUUAGAAUAUAUUAACAUACUUUUUUAUUUAAUAUGUCCUAAAUGACAGUUUCUUAAUUUAGAUAGGCUAAUAAAGUAUUGUAAUUUUCAUCCCUGUGGGAUUUCUCUCAUUUAUUAUUUCUACGCAACAAACUUCUGCUCAGUUCCUCUACAAACUUUUACCAUUCUUGAGUUACUCCAAUAGGUAUAGUAGUUUUUGCAGAUAUAGUUUUUCUUCACUCACUGGUUCUUAUUGUCGCCCUCUCUUGCUUAAAAACAACAUUACAUCCUGGUUGUCUCAUCGUGCAUGGCCAUACUUUAGAUGAGGUUGUCAUAGCAAAAACUCGGUGUCAGUGUGAAAAUAAUUUCUGUAUUGAGCAAUAUGCAGGAAAUACAACUUUUUCACAAUGAGGGGAAUCUUGACACAAUCAUGCCACAAGGGAAGAGAAUAAAGAACAGAUCAUAUUCAAUUGGGGUUUCGAGCUCUCAGUUGUAUAAAAAAAAACAAUGGUACCAUACUGAAUAAAGGCUGCAGUACUUUAGAAUCAGUGAAAAUGUUAUCAUUAUCAACCCCUGUGGAGUAAACACAGUAUUUCAUUGCACUUAACAGGCCAUUUCUGCAUCACUAUUGGCUGGUUUAUGGGUAGCCAGAGGUCACAGUCUCGGUCUCUUCUGUUCUUUAACCUUGUUUCUUCACACAUCCUGAAACACAGCCCACUCUCACAGUGAGUGCUCUGUCUCCUCCCAAUGCACAAUUUGAACUCUUAAUGUGCAAAUGGAAUUGACAAAAGGCAGAAAGCAUGGACAUGUUAACGGUCUCUUUUACUGCACAUUGGGGAAAUGAAUAAAUGUAUAAAUAUAUUGGAGAAAUGGAAAGGUGAGGUUGGAGAGAUGGGGAUUAGCCAACCUCUCCAUUCAUGAGUAUUAUAUGUGUUAGGACAUUAUUUAGAACAUUACAGAGUGAUGGCCCGCCCUGAAAUAAAUAAUCUCUUAUGACCUUUAAUCAUCACCUGUACGACUUCAGAACCUGUAGUAUUUGUAAAUGUAAAACUGGAUAGCAAAAUGUAAUGCCCAGCUCCUAAAUGUAUAGUCUCACUCAGGUGACAUAAAUGUAUGGCUUCCCUUUCUUUUUUUAACUUCAUCCUUCCCCAAGCAGUUUCAGUAUAUUCUCAUGGUAGACCAGUGUCUCACUCUCACUCACUCACUGACUGGUUCUGGGGAGUGGAGAUAGGUGGAACUCACUGGCGCUGAUGUAGCUGUCAUCAGUUUGGUCCAUCUUCCUCCUACAACACAGCAGAACUGACAGAAAAUAAUCCUCACUUGCCUUUAUUAUUUUCGACUAUGAUGAGUCCUUUCCCAACAAUACAGAGUUACCGGGAUCGGACCCCCUUUUUUUCCCCUUCAAAUUUCGCCUAAAAUGACAUACCCAAAUCGAACUGCCUAUAGAUCUGAAGCAAGGAUAUGCAAAUUCUUGAUACCUUUGGAAAGGAAACACUUUGAAGUUUGUGGAAAUGUGAAAUUAAUGUAGGAGAAUGUAACACAUUAGAUCUGGUAAAAGAUAAGAUACUGGGGCGAAGGUUCACCUUCCCUAAGCACACAGACAAGACAACACAAGAGUGGCUUCGGGACAAGUCUCUGAAUGUCCUUGAGUGGCCCAGCCAGAACCCGGACUUGAAACCGAUCAAACAUCUCUGGAGAGACCUGAAAAUAGCUGUGCAGUGACGCUCCCCAUCCAAUGAGCUUGAGAGGAUCUGCAGAGAAGAAUGGGAGAAACUCCCCAAAUACAGAUGUGCCAAGCUUUUAGCGUCAUACCCAAGAAGAUUCGAGGCUCUAAUCACUGCCAAAUGUGCUUCAACAAAGUACUGAGUACUUAUGUAAAUGUGAUAUUUCACUUUUUUACUUUUAAUACAUUUGCAAAAAUGUCUAAAAACCUAUUUUUGCUUUGUCAUUAUGCGGUAUUGUGUAUAGAUUAGCGAGGGAAAAAAAUAAUUUAAUCAAUUUUAGAAUAAGGCAGUAACAUAACAAAAUGUGAAAAAAGUCAAGGGGUCUGAAAACUUUCCGAAUGCACUGUAUAUGGGUUAGAAUGAUGUUGUCUGAUUUUUAGUCUGUGACCCAUGUGUUGUUUUUUUAAUAGCAUUUAUGAAUUGGUACCUCGUUGCAUGUUUUAAAGUGACUGUUUAUAACGUAUAGGUCUGUGAAAGUUGUAUUGCCUUGUUGCAGUGUCACAACUUAAUUGGCACAGUAUGUUUCAACAUUUGUGCAGACACUUAUGCCAAUGUCUCUGUGCGCCAGUAGAGGCUGGUGGGAGGAGCUAUAGGAGGACGGGCUGGUAUGGAAUAAAUAGAAUGGAGUCUAACGUGUGUUUUCCAUAUGUUUGAUACCGUUCCAUUGAUUCCAUUCCAGCCAUUACAAUGAGCCCAAAACGCAGAAAGCGUGAACAUGUUAGUACUUCAGGGACUGCAAAUGGUCAGACAUCAGUCUCUGUCUCUCUCUCUCUCUCUCUCUGACUGGUUCUCGGGAGUGGAGUUAGAUGGAACUCGGUGGCGCUGUAGCUGAGGUCAUCAGUUUGGUCUGUCUUCUUCCUACACCACAACAGAACUGACAGAAAAGCAUCCACACAAGAUCUCAGAGCUAACCCCUGACCUGAAAGAGAUGGAUGGAUGGGACAAACCUGUAGGGUCCUCUGUAGGGGCCAUGAUGUCCAAAGACAAUGGCAGCACCCCCACAUCACCUCUGGCCAACCGGUCCUGUGCGGACCUGAAGUGCUAUAUGGUUCUGUUCGAGGCGGAGAAGACAGCCAUCGGCUCCAUCUGUUUCCUGGCCGGACCCUUCACUUUCCUGGAGAAUGCUUUGGUCCUGGGUGUGAUCGCCGCCACGGCCUCCCUGCGCCAGCGCCCCUCCUACCUCUUCAUCGGCAGCCUGGCCCUGGCUGAUGUCUUUGCCAGCUGCUUCUUCACCACCAGCUUCCUGGACUUCCACCUGUUCCACCGCCUUGAUGGUCCCAUCGCCUACCUCUUCAAGCUGGGCGGGGUGACGAUGGCUUUCACCGGCUCGGUGGGAAGUCUUCUGCUGACUGCUCUGGACCGCUAUCUGUGUAUACAUCAGGCGUCGAGUUAUAAAGUGGUGUUGACGCGCCGCAGGGCCCUGUUGGCUCUCCUUGCCCUGUGGAGCGCCACCAUCCUCAUCUCCUUCCUCCCUCUGAUGGGCUGGAUGUGCCCCACAGGGCUCAGCCCACCCUGCUCUCGCCUCUUCCCAUACAUCGACCACCGCUACCUGGCCUGCUGGGUCAGCUUCAUCCUGGUGCUGCUGACACUCAUCCUGAGCGCCUACGCUCUGAUCCUGUGGAGGGCCAAUCGGCAUGAGGCCUCCAUGACGGGCCUCCAGGGGGCGCCUACCGGUGGUCAGGCCCGCAUGCGGCUGGACAUCCGAUUGGCACGUACCCUGGGCCUGAUUCUGCUCAUAAUGGUGGGCUGUUGGCUGCCGACCCUCUCCUUCAUGCUGGCAGAUAUCUCGGUGCAGCUCACACACACCCAGCAGAGGGCCUUUGCUUUCUGCAGCACCAUGUGCCUGGUCAACUCAGCCGUCAACCCACUGCUGUAUGCCCUGCGCUGCCGGGAGCUGAGGGUGGCACUGAUGCGGCUGUUGGGGGGCCUGAGUGAGGGGCUGGGGUGCUGCCAGAGGCACGUAGGGAGAGACUCGACCACUACCCUUCCCUUAGGCGAGGGCAACAGCUGUAGCGCGCACUCCGAGAGUGAGGCGCCCAGACUCGUUAGCUGCCGACCGAACACAGUCUCAGAAAUGGUUGGCAAGCAGCAGCUGGACAUGACUGGAAAAUGAGAAGGGGUGAGAGGCUUACUGUAUAUCAGGGUUAUUGUAGUGGAGUGUUGUGAACUUGUGUUUCUUCUGUUGUGUUCAUAGUGAUGAGGAGGUAAUGUCUCUAAAAUGAACUGUGAUAACAGGGACUAAAACAAAGAUAUAGACCAUGUUACCAUAAAUUGUGUUGACCCACCUACAAGCCAAGUCACUACGAGAUAAUAUUAUUUUAUUAUUUGUCCAAGGGACACGUUUUUUUUACAUGGUUUUUACAAACCAGUAGAAAUUAGGGGAAUUAUCCCAAAUUAACACCUUUGGGAAAACAACAGCAUUGUUAAUGUUGGCAGUGCAAAUGUAGAUAGCUAUGUGUAUCCUAUGCUUGUUUUAGCUUGAGUGUUUGUCCUUUAGCGUCCAGAAGAGGAUCCUGCCGUGUUCCCAUCUGCACAUAUACACCUGUCCUGAACAGAGGCCCUAUGGAUUGCAAACAAUGUUCUCCACAUGUGACUGUGAGCAGUGUCGAGAUCAGAGGUGUAGGCAAGGCAGAGCCUGAGUGGGUCCACUCAGGAAAAAAAAAGAGGUCCACUCAGAUUUUGAUUUGUUAUUAUUAUUAUUUAUUUUUUUAAAUGUAAUGCUCUUUACUUGUCAGUGUUCCAAAUGGGAUAUUAUGUAUUUUACCUAAAUAUGCAAACAUAGCAAGCAGUGCACUGGGUUAGUCAGAUUUGAUUAAAUAUAACAAAACAGAUGACCUGGAAUGACAUCACUUGCCAAAAAGAACUAACUGAAAGCCAUACCCCCAAUGAGCAACGAAUAUGACUGCAUUGAGGCAUAUGUCACUGUGCUUCUAUGGCUAUAUGCACCAUGCCACUACCUAUUUCAUUUGUUCAUUUAGCAAACAAGACAGCUCAAAAUCCAGCGCCUUUAUCACAUUCUACACACCUAUAUUUUCGUUUUAAUUUAAAAUUAAAAAUCCUACAUUUUCUCUCAGCCUCAUGGGAAAAUGUGUAGAAUAGCAUUAGAUGAGCUAAUAAAAAGGCACAUAAACCUCUAAACCCUAUGGCAAAAUGUGUAAAAUAAAAUUGGGGGCCCAGACAUAUUUCUACAGGCCCAACCAACAACAUAUUUCUGGCUACGCCACUGGUUGAGAUGAGUGGGGCACUGGUUGAGAUGAGUGGGGCACAGGUCAGAAAGAUAGAGAGUCACACAACACAGAGACUAGAACACUCUUUUCUAUAGAACACUAUAAAUAGAAACUAUAGUUCACAAGUCAUUUUAGUAGAUCAAUCACAAAACAAUCAAACACAAAAGGUAGAUGUUUUGUCUUGUUAUCGAAAUAACAUUUUAUGUGUCACAAGCUUCUUAAACAACAGGUGUAGACUAUCAGUGAAAUGCUUACCCACGGGUCCUUUUCCAACAAUGCAGAGUUAAAGAGAAAAAUAGAAAUAGUGAUAUGAGGAAUAAAUACACAGUGAAUAAUGAAUAACAAUAACAAGUUAAAACUCUAAGCCAAACUGCACUGCUGCUAAGACAAUUUGGUGUUUACUCUGCAGAAUUUGAAACAAAGUGUUGUGUGUUUAUAGUCCUCCCCCUCCCUCAAGAGGACAAUCCUUCUGAACACAGAUGACAGCCUGAAGACAGGGAGUCUGCCAUUUCAGGUCAGAAAAUAGUGGGGGGAAAAGGACAGACAGCAUGGUUUAUGUGAGGGGGUGAGAUGGCAGAGACUAGAUAGAGAGACAGUCAUUUCUGGGUAACAAUUAAGUACCUUACUGUGAUUAUUUUCAAUUAAAAUGGUCAAAAAAACUCUGCAAAAAAAACCUCAGCAAAAAACAAAUGUCCCUUUUUCAGGACCCUGUCUUUCAAUUUGGAAAAAUCCAAAUAACUUCACAUCUUCAUUGUAAAGGGUUUAAACACAGUUUCCCAUGCUUGUUCAAUGAAAAAAACAAUUAAUGAACAUGCACCUGUGGAACGGUCGAUAAGACACUAACAGCUUACGGUAGACAAUUAAGGUCAGAGUUAUGAAAACUUAGGACAAUAAAGAGGCCUUUCUACUUACUCUGAAAAACACCAAAAGAAAAAUGCCCAGGGUCCCUGCUCAUCUGCGUGAACGUGCCUUAGGCAUGCUGCAAGGAGGCACGAGGACUGCAGAUGUGUCCAGGGCAAUAAAUUGCAAUGUCCGUACUGUGAGACGCCUAAGACAGCGCUACAGGGAGACAGGACGGACAGCUGAUCAUCCUCGCAGUGGCAGACCACGUGUAACAACACCUGCACAGGAUCGGUACAUCUGAACAUCACUCCUGCAGGACAGGUACAGGAUGGCAACAACAACUGCCCGAGUUACACCAGGAACGCACAAUCCCUCCAUCAGUGCGGGCUAGAGCCAUUCCCCCCAGAAAUGUCCGGGAACUUGCAGGUGCCUUGGUGGAAGAGUGGGAUAACAUCUCACAGAAAGAACUGGCAAAUUUGGUGCAGUCCAUGAGGAGGAAAUGCAUUGCAGUAUUUAAUGCAGCUGGUGGCCACACUUUUGAUUUUGACACCCCCCCUUUGUUCAGGGACACAUUAUUCAAUUUCUGUCAGUCACAUGGCUGUGGAACUUGAUCAGUUUACGUCUCAGUUGUUGAAUCUUGUUAGGUUCAUACAAAUAUUUACACAUGUUAAGUUUGCUGAAAAUAAAUGCAGCUGACAGUGGGAGGAAGUUUAUUUUUUUGCUGAGUUUAGAUGGGUUGUCUGACAGUGUCACAAAUUACAGUAUGUGCAGGCAUCGAUGUGGCCGGAACGACUCUGUGAUCUCACUCUCCGUACCAGAAAUGACUGGGUGAUCUCACUCUCCGUAGGCCAGACGGAAUACCAGGAUGCUUACUUAGUGCAUGUGCUGACCAGCUGGCAAUUGUCUUCACUGACAUUUUUAACCUCUGUCUUACCCAGGUUGUAAUACCUGCUUGUUUCAAGCAGACCACCAUAGUCCUCUCGCCCAAGAACGCCAAGGUAACCUCCCUAAAUGACUAUAGCCCAUGUAGCACUCACAGCUAUAGCCAUGAAAUACGUUAAAAGGCUGGUUUGGCUCACAUCAACACCAUCAUCCCAGAUAACUUAAAUUUGCAUACCACCCCAACAGAUCCACAGAUGACCAAUCUCUAUUGCACUCCACACUGCCCUCACCCACACGGACAAAAGGAAUACCUAUGUAAGAAUGCUGUUCAUUGAUUACAGCUCAGCAUUCAACACCAUAGUCCCCUCCAAGCUCAUCACCAAGCUCAGGACCAUGGGACGGAACAUCUCCCCCUGCAACUGGAUCCUGGACUUUCUGACGGGCUGCCCUCAGUCAUUGAGGGUAGGCAACAACACAUCUGCAACGCUGACCAUCAACAUGGGGGCCACUCAAGGGUGUGUGCUUAGUCCCCUCCUGUACUCCCUGUUCACCCACAACUGCGUGUUCACACACGACUCCCAACACCAUCAUCAAGUUUGCUGAUGACACGACAGUGGUAGGACUGAUCAACAACAACGAUGAGACAGCCUUUAGGGAGGAGGUCAGAGACCUGGCAAUGUGGUGCCAAGACAACAACUUCUACCUCAACAUCAGCAAGACAAAGGAGCUAAUCGUAGACUACAGGAAACAGAGGGGCAAGCACGCCCCCAUCCACAUUGAUGGGGCUGUAGUGAAGCGGGUCGAGAGUGUUCAAGUUCCUCUGUGUCUACAUCACUAAGGAAUUAACAUGGUCUAGACACACCGUUGUGAAGAGGGAACGACAGCGCCUCUCCCCCCUCAGGAGGCAGAAAAGAUUUGGUAUGGGCUCAAAAAGUUCUACAGCUGCGCCAUUGAUAGCAUCUUGACUAGCUGCAUCACCGCUUGGCAUGGCAACUGCAAGACACGGGACCAAAAGGCGCUACAGAGGGUGGUGAGUACGGCCCAGUACAUCACUAGGGGCAAGCUCUCUGCCAUUCAGGACCUUUAUACCAGGCGGUGUCAGAGGAAAGCCCAAAAAAUUGUCAAAGACUCCAGCCAUCCAAGCCACAGACUAUCUGCUACCGUACGGCAAGCGUUACCAUUGCACUAAGACUGGAACCAACAGGACCCCGAACAGCUUCUAUCCCCACAUCAUAAGACUGUUAAACAGGACUGCUAAAUAGCUAAUCAAAUGGCUACCCAGACCACCUGAAUUGUCCCUUUUUGAACUAAACUAUCAUGCACUGAUACACACUGGACACUACCUACACACAUACUUACACUCACACACACACACUAAAUAUGUCCAUGCACAACAUGCAUACUACUGAUUCACAUACGCUGCCACAUACAUAUCCUGUUGCUUAGUCACUUUACCCUUACCUAUGUGUACAUAGCUACCUCAAUUUCCUGGUACCCCUGCACAUCGACUCAGUACUGGUACUCCCUGUAUAUAGCCAUGUUAUUGUUAUUCACUGUGUAUUUAUUCCUUGUCUCACUAUUUCUAGUUUUACUUCUUUAUCUUUAACUGCAUUGUUGGGAAAAGACCUGUAAGUACGAAUUUCACUGUUAGUCAACACCUGUUGUUUACAAAGCACAAAGCAUAUGACAAAGAACAUUUGAUUUGAAGCAGUGCUUUGUUAUGAUUCUGAACAGUCAGAUAGCAAGCAACAACGACAAGAAGCUGCCAUGUGUGGAAUCGUAGGUUGCUCAUUUCAGCUAGUUGUAUUUUUAUUUAUUUAUUUUACCUUUAUUUAACUAGGCAAGUCAGUUAAGAACAAAUUCUUAUUUUCAAUGACGGCCUAGAAACAGUGGGUUAACUGCCUGUUCAGGGGCAGAACGACAGAUUUGUUUGUACCUUGUCAGCUCGGGGGUUUGAACUUGCAACCUUCCGGUUACUAGUCCAACACUCUAACCACCUCUUGUUCUUGAUACCAUGUCUUAUUUUGAGGUGUUUUGACUUAUUUCAUGUCAAUGUUAAUAUGGCUCAAAUUUGCCAGCUAGUUAACCAACAACUGUAAAAAUGUAUUUGAGAGACAAUAAGUGCUCAUUGUGCAAAUUUAUUUGUUUUCAAUAAACAUUUGGCGAUGAAAUAUAGUUUACAUGUUGUCAACAAUGUAAGCCAACCCCAUCUGUUUUGCCCCAUCGUUGCACAUGUGUCGGUUUUGUUGCUUAACAACCAACCCAUCUAUUGGUCUAUUAACUCAUUUAUCGCCUGGGGAUGUCACCAUGCAGGCAGGCCAAAACUUCAUCCCGGCAAAAGUGUAUUUUCAAACAGCUCUUACACUAAAGGAGCAUUAUCAUAAUUUGAAUAAUUUCACAGUAUUAUUCCAACCUCAGUGUGGAAAUAUAUAUAUAUAUAUGUGUAAAAUACACCAGGAAAUCAAGUUAUAUAUAAAAUACAUAAAAUAUAAAAUACACCAGGAAAUCAAGUUUUUGACUGCACUGGGCCUUUAAGGGAAUGUGGCACACAAGAUGACCACAAAUAAUUCAUCCAUGUCAAUACAUAAAGCAUGUCCCUCCCAGGUACUAGGGACCAGAAACCCAAUGGAUAACUCACUAAUGAUUUGACUUCAAUGUUUAUGUGUAACCAUACAUUAAAUGUUACACUCUGAAUAAAAAAUAUGAGAAUAAAUUAAUCUAAAAGGACACAUUCAAUUGCUCAGCAGAAAAAGAACACAAAGCCUGCAGAUCUACAUUGUGCUUGGCCCCAUUAACGCUUUGUGGGGGUGAAGUGAUAAAAUGUCAACUUGAUUCAUUUAACCGAGAGCCUCCUCAACUGUGCAUCACAUGAAUAAACGUGUCUGGUGUGUGCUUCAGUAUCACCCCUUCUAUCCACACACAGUGAGCUUGCAGCUACAACAUAUUGCCUCAGUGUCAGUGACCAUUGAGGGUCACUUUGACAAUGGUAGAGAUAUAAGCCAUGGGGAGAGACCUAUAAUGACAUGACAUGCUAAUGUCCAUCAUGCAAAAAUAAAUCUCCCCUGUGCAGAGGGCUCUAGGCUACAUGGUAUGCAAUGCAAUGUAUCAUUUCACCUGUAGUGUCACAAUGGACUCAGUAUGUCAUUAAAUGCAUCACAAUUA